AUGACCACGGACCGGCCGUCGCUUAUGCAGCGCAAAUUUAUGCAAUUUUUUGCCGAGCAAGAUGAUGCUUCGGAGGGCCAUACCUCAAGCCAGUGUCCAGCUAACCCCUCGCACUCUUAUACACCUGAGCCAUUUGAAAAACAAUACUGUUUCUUCUAUGGAACCCUAAUGGACCCACCAACACUUGCAUCGAUUCUACAACUUCCAGAACCCCCUAUUAUGCGACCAGGUAAGAUGGUAGGAUACCAUAUCAAGCUUUGGGGGCCAUAUCCUGCCUUACUCGUUGGACCACCUCUUCACCCAGUUGAGGGCCUAGCAUACGAGGUUCAGUCACAGGAGCAACUCGAUCGGUUAAGUGCGUAUGAGACUAGCAAGUAUCAUAUUAAGGCCUGUAUGAUCAAGUUCCCUAGCGAAAACGGUGGCGAAGGAGAGCGUGUUAGGGGUAUGGCUUUUGUAUGGAAUGGGGAAUCCGAAGAACUACGGGAAGGAAAUUUCAGUCUUGAGAAAUGGUUACAGCAACAGAAGCGAAAAGGACCAUAG